AUGUCAGCAGACAUUGUUCACGCCUACGAAUGGGAUACCCCCGAUCGGCAGUACUUUGUUGCGCUAGGGCUAGGCAGAGAUGAGGUUGUAAUUUACGAGUCAUGUGUCGAUGAGAAGGGUGCCAUGUCAAUGUCUUUGCUCAAUUCCGCCCAGGACUUGAUGUCUGUGAGCACAUAUGCGUAUUCUCCAAUUCAUCAUGGGUUGGUUGCCGUUGGCCACAAUAGUGGUACCGUGCAACUAUUGAACCCGAUGCGUCAAAAUGAUGUGCCAACAAAGGUGGAUUGCAAAAGUGUCCGACCUUGUAACACGCUCUCCUUUAACUCUUCUGGAAUACUAGCGGUUGGUCUCGACAGAGCACGUAAUGAUGAUUCGUUGCUGCUUUAUGACGUGCAAGUGGAAAAGAAGAAGAAUAUGACCCUAUUAGGAUCGCUUUUUUCGAACGAAACAAUUACCUGUCUCGAGUUCAUUCCUUCUAAGCCAACUCUUCUGCUUUGCGGAACCUACAAGUCUAUUCGUGAGAUCGAUACCAGAACAUCAACUCCGGCAGUACAUGUACCAACUAAAUGUUCUUAUGGAAUCAAGGUCAAUCGAUUGAACGAUAUGCAAUUUUUGAGCUACAGCGAGAGUGGUUCGUUAGCGCUUUGGGACCGUCGCCAGCUUUCGUCCUCGGCAAGUGGAACGUCGGAUCCUCUGUUAUUGCUUCCUCGUGUAUUCAAUGAAUCUCGGGGUAAACCACAACGUUCCGCUCGAUUUUCUUCAACCAAUAUGAAUGAAUUCAGCGUAUUACACGAUGGCUCUCUCAUCCGACGCUGGGUUACAUCAACUAUUCCUGCUUCGAGUGCGAACACAGUUAGCCACCUGACAUCUGCAGUAGACCCAACACAUGAAGUCCCAGAUUCUAAGUUCGUCCGCUGGGUUCUGGACACCAAAACAGAAACCGACAAAGUGGUAGGGUACGAUUACGUCUCGAAUCCGGUCACAAACGAGCUAGAGUUUGUCUGUAUUAGACAAUCAGGCCAGGUCUUCCGUAUGCCUGCGACAGAGUCCCCUGCGAUGCUUUACUUUGAUCCUUCAAAUGAUCUCUCGGUUUUGGAACCUCAUCAGUUUCGCAUGCUCAUGUGUGGAGAAGAUAUGUCAAUUGUUAGCCGAGGCCAAUCGCAAUCUGAACCUGAGGUUAAAGACGAUUUCGAUGAUGAGCUAGAAGAUGAGAAUGAAGAGCUAGUUGAUGAAGGGUCACCUGAAGCAGACGAUGACGACGAUAUGCUUCUUACUUAUGGCGAGGUUUUGCUCAGGGAUAUUGCCAAGGUGAUGCAGACGAGAGCUCUCCAAGGUUAUGCCAGUGACCCUGCUGCGAAUUUCGAUAUGCCACGACAAGAACUUGGGCAUGCAUUGAGAACGGCAUGGCAAUGGCUAAAACUCGCUUCUCAGCUAAAUGCUUCACAGCAACUGCAAACCGAAAACCUAGAUCUGAGUUACAUGGGUGUGUUGCCUCUGUGGGAUGGUAUUGAAUCCCUUAAAAAUCAAAGGCGAGUCGUUUCAACCACUGUUGAGUUGAAAGAAAAGGGCUACGAAAGUGCGCUCACCAAAAUGAGUGCCAAGUUUGACGGCGACGUUUUUGUUUCUACUGAAUACAAAACAAGCCAGCGUUAUGCAGUUCGCCAAAUCUGUUUGCAAGCAUGCGGGUGGAAUUUUGGGCUCGCGGGACUCGAAGAUCGGAUUGCAGAUCUGGAAUCCAAAGGACGGCACGAGAAGGCAGCUGGCUGGGCAGUGUUUCAUGGCGAUGUCGAGCGGGCUGUGAAGAGUCUUAGUCGCAGCCGCAAGAGCCAGCUACGUCUUAUUUCGUCAGCUGUGGCCGGUUAUCUCGUUUACAAAGAUGUGAAAACCAACAAUCCCUGGCGCGAACAGUGCCGCAAACUGGCAUCGGAGCUAUCAAUGCCCUACCUCCGUGCCAUUUUUGCGUACAUUGCAGAUGGAUCUUGGUUUGAUGUUCUGGAUGAUAGCUCACUUCCUCUGACUGAACGUCUGGGUAUUGCUUUCCGAUUUCUUGCUGAAAAGGAUCUGACGCGCUACCUUAGCCAGUUGGCUGAACGAUGUGUGCAAAAUGGCGAUCUCGAGGGUGUGAUUCUUACAGGUAUGACACCGAGUCUCGUCGACUUGCUACAGACCUACGUUGACAAAACAGGUGACGUUCAAACUGCGGCGCUCAUGAUCACUUUUGGAACCCCACGGUUUUUUGAAACCGAUGCCCGGGCAAAAGCCUGGAUUGAAACAUAUCGGUACAUGCUCAAUCGCUGGCAGUACUUUUCUCAAAGAGCAAAGUUUGACGUCUCCCGCACACGGCUUUCGAGGGGCCACGCUGGUUUAGGCACUACCCCGCCCGUACCCAAACAGGCAUUUUUGAGAUGUACAUUCUGCAAGGCGAUUAUUGGAUCGAGCAAAGAACCCAAGGAACAGCACAAAAGCCCUACUACAACAAUUCGUUGCGGAAACUGCAAGCAUUACCUCCCUCGAUGCGCAGUAUGUCUGCUGUCGCUGGGGUCAGGUUUAGAGACUCAUGAUAAAGCAGACCGCUGGCCGGUAUUCUGCCUGUCUUGCAGCCACGGCUUCCAUACUAAGCACGCAAGAGAAUGGUUCGCCAAGUACUCUGUUUGUCCAGUCCCGGACUGCCAAUGCUUCUGUGGGCAGAUCUUUUAA